AUGUGUGUGAUCUUUGACGAUCAUUGCACCCGCUUCCACUCGUCGGCGCCCUUCUCCUUUGGCUCGGACGCCUUUGAGGCGGAGCGGAGGCGGAUGAAGGUCGAGCAUGAGGAGCGGAGGAGGGCGGCAAAGGCUCGCGAGUCGGCACCGGCUGCUCACUCGCCGCCAAAGGCCAUGAUGGACGACUUGGCCGCCCGUGAGCGCCAGCUCGAGCACGAGUACGCUACUUUCCUUGGCUUUGACGACGACGACGACAACAACCAUCUCGCCCGCCCGAUGCCGCCCGCUGCCGCUCCUCAUGCCGCCCGCACCCACCCCCGCGCCGCUGCGGCAGCUGCUGGCUACGCCCGCGCUGCGCCCGCUCCGCCGUCGGCUUCCGCCGUCGACUACGAGCUGGAGCCGCCGUUCACCCCCACGCUCGACUUUCUCGACUCGCCCAACACCACUCCAGCCCGCUCGCCCAUGGUGCCCGCUUCGGAGCCCCAGCAAAAGGCGGUCGACUCGGGCAAAGCCAUGUCCGCCUUUGACAAGCUCCUCUUCUCGGUCUCCAAGGAGCAGGUGGCGUCGAUGCCAGCCAUGCCGACGGCGGCGCCGACCGCUGCGCCGACCGCUGCUGCGCAUACUGCACCUUCUGGAGGAAGCGGCCCUGUGUCCGUCUCAGCCUUUGACAAGCUCCUCCUCUCGCUCAACCCCAACCAGGUGGCGUCGAUGCCUCCCAUGCCGCAGGCCCAGGCCGCUGCCCAGGCUGAGGCCCAGGCCAAGGUCAAGGCCGAGGCCCAGGCCCAGGCCCAGGCCGCCGCCCAAGCCCAGGCCCGCGCCCAGGCCAUGCUCCAAGCCCAGGCCCAAGCCCAGGCCCAGGCCCAAGCCCAGGCCCAGAUGUACCAGCACUACUAUGCGCAGCAGCAGUACCUGCAGCAGAUGCAGCAGCAUCAGCUCCAGCUCCAGAAGCAGCAGGCACAGGCACAGGCCCAAGGCCAAGCCCAGCACCACCUGCCGCAGCCGCAGCACCACCCGUAG